AUGAUUGAAGGAGAGAAAGGCAUCAUUACUGAACAGUUUGAAGAAAAUUCAAGAUGGUCGCUGGUUAACACAACAGUUGAGGAAGUCAAAGGUGUUGAUGCCAUGGUUAUUUUCAAGAUGAAACUGAAGCGAAAGUCAACAUUUUACGUGUUCAAUAUACUCAUCCCCAUGGUUCUACUUUCGUUUUUAAACGUCCUCACAUUUGUACUUCCGGUAUCGUCUGGCGAGCGCGCUUCCUACGCUGUCACAGUGUUCCUGUCUUUGGCCGUGUUUCUAACAAUAGUAGCGUCUGAGAUUCCAAAAAACUCCAACACCAUCUCCAUCGUCUCAGUUUACAUGACGGCAGUGCUAGCACUAAGAUUUGCUACUGUGAUGACGUCACUGUUAGAAUUGCGACUGGCGUCCCGAGCUAAGGACAAGGACUUAAUCAGCUCAGGAUAUAUGAACUCGGGCAUGUCCAACUUCCUGUACGCUACACAGGGUUGCCCGUUGUGUCUACUAGUCCAACAAGUCACACAAUUUAUCUCAAAAUCAGUGUAUGAUUAUAUCAAUUUGAUGGCAGCGCAAAUGUUCGUUCUGUCUGACAUGACGUCUAUAAUUGAUUUCAAUGAACGAGAAGAAAGCAUAACGAUUAGCGGAUAUCUUGGAAUGGAAUGGAUUGAUGAAUUCCUCAAGUGGGAACCAGAGGAUUACGGAUGA